AUGGCGAAGUUGAGUUCUUGUUUCUUGAUUUCAGCUACAAUCUUGAUCUUGGUGGCGAUGGGCUUAUCAUCCACCGUCCAAGGAAGUGUGGACCACCACCUGGGGUGGAUUCCGGCCGCCGCCACCGCUAGAUCAUCAAUCUGCAACAAGGGGUCUAUAGCGGAGUGCAUGGCUGAGGAUGGGGAAGAGUUUGAGAUGGACACAGAGAUCAACAGGCGCAUUUUAGCAACUACCAAGUACGUCAGCUACGGUGCGCUUCAGAGGAACAAUGUUCCUUGCUCUAGGCGUGGUGCUUCUUACUAUAAUUGCAAGAACGGUGCCCAGGCUAAUCCUUAUAGCCGUGGAUGCAGUCGCAUUACAAGGUGGAAAGAUCUGUGA